AGAGUGGCAGAGAGAGAAAGGAGAGGGCCGUGGAUUUACCUUGUCUCUGUCGAUUCGAUUAUUUAAUCUGGUACUGUGUGCCUGACGGAUGAGAUAUGAAGCAGCCUUAUCGAUUCACGAACAAAUCCUUCUCCUCCUCCUCAACUCGUCGUCUGUCUCUCUUUUUCUCUCUCUCUCUCUAAACUACUUUCUGUUCUCGCUUUCGCUUUCUUCACUGACAGAGAAAUACCUGCACACUUCCUCACGCACGCACGCAUACUCAAAGCCAGAACCACCCCCCCCCCCUCCAUCAAACCCUUCUCUCUCUCUCCAGAGAUGGAUAUGAUAAGGGCUGCAGCUGCAGCAGCAGAAGCACAGAAAGCAGACGAGUACAGAGCAGAAAACGCAGAUUUUCCAACCAGAUCAUACCUUAUUAUUUCGCCUUCCUCCUGCCACUCAAUUCAUCAAAUCCGUAUGAAACCCAUAUAACACUCCUGAAGCGCACCCUCGUCGCAACACCUCGCAAAGCAAGGAGACAGCCACCAUCUCAGCUCUUCUCCUCUAUCUCUAUAGGCGGCUCACUCCCCCGAUCAUGCAGUGAAGCGCUGAGCUCUCGUUAGCUCGUGCUUUUGCACCUGGGUUUUGGUUCAAAUUUGUUUCUCUUGUUCGUACUUCUGUUAUUCGUUCUAGAUUUUAAUGGGUACGCUAUAGUGAAGGCCUUUGUUCUUCUCGUGCUUACGUUUCUUCUGCUCUGCACUUACGAUCCAUGGAAGUUUUGAAGUCUUGUAUCCUAUUUUCUUGAUUUUUCUGUUCCUUUCAACUAUCUCUGGAAGCUUAAGUCCCAUCCUCGGAAUUCUUAGAAAAGUUAAUUCAAUUCUCUGCCUUCCACUCAGUAGCUUAAGCAGUUCAGCUUGGUUCUGCAACUAGGGUUAAAUGGAUAGCUACCACACUUUGGACAACAGCAACGCGCAUUUGCCGCCUGGCUUCCGUUUCCACCCGACAGACGAAGAGCUCAUAACAUAUUACCUAGUUAGGAAGGUCCUUGACAGCAGCUUUACGGGCAGAGCCAUUACUGAAGUUGACCUCAACAAAUGCGAGCCAUGGGAACUUCCUGAGAAAGCGAAGAUGGGAGAGAAGGAGUGGUACUUCUUCAGCCUGAGAGACCGAAAGUAUCCUACUGGGCUUCGAACAAAUAGAGCUACUGAAGCUGGGUACUGGAAAGCCACCGGCAAGGACAGGGAGAUCUACAGCUCUCGAAUGUGUGCACUUGUGGGAAUGAAGAAAACUCUGGUGUUCUACCGGGGAAGAGCUCCAAAGGGGGAGAAAAGCAACUGGGUCAUGCACGAAUAUCGCCUUGAAGGGAAGUUUGCCUACCAUUACCUGUCCAGAAGCUCCAAGGACGAGUGGGUGAUCUCUCGGGUGUUUCAGAAGACUGGCGGUGGUGGCGGCAACGGUGGUACUAGUGGAGGGAAGAAGAACCGUGUUGCCUGUGGCGUUAACCCCUACACCGAAGUUGGGUCUCCGUCCUCGACCUCUCUUCCCCCGCUGCUCGAUUCGUCUUCCUACACUGCAACUACCGGCGUCACUGACCGCGAGAGCUGCUCAUACGACAGCGAGAGCGUAAGGGAGCACGUGUCCUGUUUCUCCACCGUAGCUGCAGCAGCUGCUGCCGCCGCCGCGGCCACAAAUUUCAAUCAACAACCACAGUACCACUUGUCCUCACCGGCUUCCAUCAUGAACGCCGCUGACUUAACCGCCCGGUUCGGAAGGAACGUAGGACUCUCGGCCUUUCCGAGCUUAAGGUCUUUGCAGGAGAAUCCUCAACUGCCGUUCUUCUCGUCUAUUUCGCCGAUGACAGCGAUAUCUGGCUCCCAGAACCAUAACAACGACCUGGGCGGGUGCAGUUCGGCGAGAAACUGGCCGGAAUCUGAGCCUCAGAAGAUGGAGACAAGCCGGAUGCCUUUGGGGGCCACCGAGCUCGAUUGCAUGUGGACUUACUGAUCAAUCUCUCUCUCUCUACUACUGUUAUUUAGAAGACUUUCCUUUUUCUAGGGUAAUUAUUAUCUUCUAAGUAUAAGAUGAUCUGAUAUAUGACGGAUAUGUAUGUUCAUGAGUUCAUCUUCUGAAUGUCUUGGACUCUUUUAGCUGUCAAAGAAUGUCCUUGGUUCUUUUCUGAUUCUCAUUAGAUGUAAUCAAAGCUGCUGAACGACGAAAGCUAGUUACUCCUCUAGAGAUGUCAACCUAUCAUGUUAAUUAUUAGCUAUCAUUCCUUUUCUCUGA